GCUAUCUCCGUCUCUGUCCAACUCCAGCGCGUCUAUAGUUCGAGCCGCCGUCGCCGCCGCCGCCGCUGCUGCUGCCACCAACUCGUCGGACCCCCGUUACUGCGGCACGCAGGAGUCCUGUCGUUCUUUCCCAGGGAGUCCGCCAUUGUUGGCGCACGUAUAUUUUCGACCAGGCCUGCCGUAAUCGGACAACAUCCAAGAUGGUGAACUUCACGGUAGACGAGAUCCGUGGCAUGAUGGACAAGAAGAAGAACAUCAGAAACAUGUCCGUCAUCGCUCACGUAGAUCAUGGAAAGUCAACUUUGACCGACUCCCUUGUGUCCAAAGCCGGUAUCAUUGCUGGAGCUAAGGCCGGAGAGACACGUUUCACUGACACCCGUAAGGAUGAGCAGGAAAGAUGUAUUACCAUCAAAUCCACGGCCAUCUCUAUGUACUUUGAACUUGAUGCUAAAGAUUGUGUCUUCAUCACCAACCCUGACCAGCGUGAUAAGGAAGAGAAAGGUUUCUUGAUCAAUCUUAUCGAUUCCCCCGGGCACGUUGAUUUCUCCAGUGAAGUCACAGCUGCUCUUCGUGUUACCGAUGGAGCCCUUGUUGUUGUUGAUUGUGUUUCUGGUGUAUGUGUGCAGACCGAGACUGUGUUGCGUCAAGCUAUUGCUGAGCGUAUCAAGCCUGUUUUGUUCAUGAACAAAAUGGACCGUGCUUUGUUGGAACUUCAACUCGACAGUGAAGAUCUCUACCAAACUUUCCAGCGUAUUGUUGAAAAUGUUAACGUUAUUAUCGCUACAUACUCUGAUGAUGAUGGUCCCAUGGGUGAAGUCCGUGUUGACCCCAGCAAAGGAUCUGUUGGUUUCGGUUCUGGACUCCACGGAUGGGCCUUCACUCUGAAACAGUUCUCAGAAAUGUACGCUGAGAAGUUCGGCAUUGACGUCGUCAAGCUAAUGAACAGACUGUGGGGAGAGUCCUUCUUCAACCCCAAGACAAAGAAGUGGAGCAAGCAGAAGGAGUCUGACAACAAGCGUUCCUUCUGCAUGUACGUCUUGGACCCCAUCUACAAGGUCUUUGACUGCAUCAUGAACUACAAGAAGGAUGAGUGUGAAGGUCUCCUGAAGAAACUGGGAAUCGUUCUGAAGCCUGAAGACAAGGACAAGGACGGAAAGGCUCUUCUCAAGGUCGUCAUGCGUACCUGGUUGCCAGCUGGAGAAGCUUUACUUCAGAUGAUAGCCAUCCAUCUGCCAUCUCCCGUUGUAGCCCAGAAGUACAGAAUGGAAAUGUUGUACGAAGGACCUCACGACGAUGAAGCCGCUAUUGGUAUCAAGAACUGCGACCCUAACGGCCCACUUAUGAUGUACAUCUCGAAAAUGGUACCGACCUCCGACAAAGGACGUUUCUACGCCUUCGGUCGUGUCUUCUCCGGAAAGGUCUGCACUGGUAUGAAGGCCCGUAUCAUGGGACCCAACUUCCAGCCCGGCAAGAAAGAAGAUUUGUACGAAAAGGCCAUCCAGCGUACCAUUCUCAUGAUGGGACGUUAUGUUGAAGCCAUCGAAGAUGUUCCUUCUGGUAACAUUUGCGGUCUUGUCGGUGUUGACCAGUUCUUGGUGAAAACCGGAACCAUCACCACCUUCAAGGAUGCCCACAACAUGAAGGUCAUGAAGUUCUCUGUCUCCCCCGUCGUGCGUGUCGCCGUCGAACCCAAGAACCCUGCCGAUUUGCCAAAACUUGUAGAAGGUCUGAAACGUCUGGCCAAAUCCGACCCUAUGGUGCAAUGUAUCAUCGAAGAGUCUGGGGAGCACAUCAUUGCUGGUGCCGGUGAGUUGCAUCUUGAGAUCUGUCUGAAGGAUCUUGAAGAGGACCACGCCUGCAUUCCAAUCAAGAAGUCCGACCCUGUCGUAUCAUACAGAGAAACUGUCUCGGAGGAAUCCGACCAGAUGUGUCUGUCCAAGUCGCCCAACAAGCACAACCGUCUCUUCAUGAAGGCUCAGCCCAUGCCCGAUGGUCUCGCCGAGGACAUCGACAAAGGUGACGUCAACCCCAGAGACGACUUCAAGGUCCGUGCUCGUUACCUGAGCGACAAGUACGAUUACGACAUAACAGAAGCCAGAAAAAUCUGGUGCUUCGGUCCCGACGGAACUGGCCCCAACAUCCUUGUCGACUGCACCAAGGGAGUACAGUACCUUAACGAAAUCAAGGACUCUGUCGUUGCUGGAUUCCAGUGGGCCGCCAAGGAGGGUGUCCUCUCUGAGGAGAAUCUCCGUGGUGUUCGUUUCAACAUUUACGACGUCACGUUACACGCUGACGCUAUCCACAGAGGCGGUGGCCAAAUCAUCCCCACGACGAGACGUUGCCUUUACGCCUGCCUUCUCACUGCCUCUCCCAGACUUAUGGAGCCCGUAUACCUUUGUGAAAUUCAGUGCCCCGAAGUCGCCGUGGGUGGUAUCUACGGUGUGCUCAAUCGCAGACGUGGUCAUGUCUUUGAGGAACAACAAGUGGCUGGUACCCCUAUGUUCGUCGUAAAGGCAUACCUUCCCGUCAACGAGUCGUUCGGCUUCACCGCUGACCUGCGCUCCAACACCGGUGGACAGGCCUUCCCACAGUGCGUGUUCGACCAUUGGCAAAUCCUUCCCGGAGACCCUAUGGAGGCCGGAACUCGCCCACACCAAGUCGUCCAGGACACACGUAAGAGGAAGGGAUUGAAGGAAGGUCUACCAGACUUGAGUUCAUAUCUCGACAAAUUGUAACCGUCGUGCAUGGACGCAUCAUAUUUAAAUAAUUAUUUAAAUAUUGUAAUUCAAUUAAUAUCGCUGGAGCAGUGUACAUCUAUACCAUCGGUCGUUAUAUGAACUUUGUUCCUCCGCGCAACAUCGUGGAAAAUAAAAAUUAUAAAUACAAAAAAAUACGGACAACUAUUAUAAAUUGUAAUUACAGAGCAGGAAAGAAGGCAAAGAAGAUACUCUUACUUUAGCACGGGGAAUACUAUUUUAUACAUUUAUUUAAUUAAAAAUGAAUCACAAUAAAAGCUGCCAGUGGCUUUUGUUUUAGAAAAAAACUUGAAUUGCAGUACUGAAAAACGUUAUUCUGUAAUUUUAAACUUCUCCCCUUUUAUUUUUUACUGUUAAAUCCUGUUAUGUUGCCCCGUUACGUUUUUUUUUUCCGUUUGACUGAAUAAAAUAAACGAUUCUACUAAUUGUGAUAAGAAUAAUUUUUUGAAUCAAAAAGAAAUA